UACGACUGCAUUAUGGAGGGUCUGUAGAAAGAGCAGCGUUUGAUUCAGGAAGAUCAAGAGCAGUUUAGAGACAUUAUUUCGUCCCACUCUGGAUUUUGGUAUCUGUUUAUCUUCCUUGAUACUUAAUAGCACCGGCUCAAUGUUGUUGUUAUAACAUUAAGAACCAGAACCCACAGUACAAUGGGCCUGCAGCAUGGAGUGUGACAUUGACUUCUACAAACACUUUGCCUGGCUUAGAAAGGAACAACACAUCCACAAGUGCACUGUUAACACAGUUAACAGUUCUGUGUUUACAGUGCACUCACUCAACUUCAUGGCUGACUUUAUUCUGAAGGUAAACCUCCAAUCAUCGGCCAAUAGUGAGUCCUACCAAGAGCGCUUAUCACGACUGGAGGGAGACAAAGAGUCACUAAUUCUUCAGGUGAGUGUGCUGACAGACCAGGUGGCAGCUCAGUGGGCCAAGAUCAACGAUCUACAAACUUCUCUGCUGGAGCAUCAGCACAAACUCAACUCCACAGAGGAGAUGCUGCAGCAGGAGCUCCUGCAUCGGACGUCACUGGAGCACCAGAAGCUGAAUCUUUUGGGGGAGGUGUCCUACCUGAAACUAAAGCUAGCAGACAUGGAGGGGAAGCAGGGCCAUGGGGCUGAAAGGCAACACAAAGCAGAGACUGUUGUGAAUUUCAUUAGUGAGCUGCAGGAGCAGAUGUGUAGGUUUCAGAAGGAGAUCAAUAGCAAGAUACAGGAGAAAAAGGCCUUGGAGUUGGAGACGCCAGCUGACAGCAGCUCUCCAGCGGCGCGCCCCACUGAGUCCGCUCAGGGCGCGGGAUCAAACCCCCGGCCGUCCUGUGCCAGAACCUCAGAGGAGGUUCCAGAAGGGCCCGAUGGGAACACACACAGCCUGGAAGAGGGUAGCUCAGAUGCAGAUCGGCAGGACGACUGUGGAGAGGAAACUGGCUUAUUUAAAGAGCUGAGGAUCCUCAGGGACAGAGUGGAGCACCUGGAGGACCAGAAGUUACAGUACGAGAAAAAGCUCAAAGCAACAAAGGCAGAGAUCAGCGGCCUUCAGCAGCUUCUGCUCAGGAAGAACAUGGAGAUCGAGAGCUUGCACACGCAGCUGCUGGCCAGACCCUCUCUAUCCCCCGAGAGCCCGGAGAGAGAUCAAGAGCUGCAGAGACUUCGGAGUGGAAUGAAAUCACUGGUCGCUGUUAAUGAUGAAAAGGACCGACGAAUUGAAGAGCUCACUUUGCUCCUGAAUCAGUGCAAGCAAUUCAGAGAGGUCACUCACACAGUCCGGCGAGCUCCACCUGCUGUUCGUUCAUUGUCAAAUGGCAGGACUCCGUCAAGCAGCAGUGAGGAAGAAGAGAAUGUGCCGAUGAAGAACACUGACUCGGCCAGUGCAAAGUCUGCGGAUAUUAAGUCUGAAGUUUCCACAAGCAGCUCUUCAUCCCAACAAACAUCGGCUUCAUCGGCCCAAAAGUACAGUGAUUACAGAACCGAUCCGCAGACUUCAUCAAGCAGCAUGAAUGACCUAACAAAUGGACCUUCACAAAAGACCGGUCUGGACGACUCUAGAAGUCCGAUGCUGCCUGUGAACUCCUCCCUGUCAGAGCAGCGUGUGAGCGGAGACAGCAGCAGUGAAAUCCAGAGUCAAAAGUCUCCAGAUGGCAGCGAAGAUGGAGACUCCAGCCAAAGAAAAUUUGAGAAAGUUGAUGACAGCACUUCAGGCAGUAAUUCGCCCGUUAACUGUGGAGCAAACACGCAGCCCGACCAACGAGCGGUAGGCUCGCCAGAAUACAUGAAGAAUAAUCGGAGCUUUAAGAGACUCUGGGGAAAACUUCGAAGAACCCAGUCUGGGGGGCUCCAGGCGGUGGAUCCAGAAGUCGGUCAGUUUAGAAGAGGGGGACUACGUUCAACAGCAGGACCCAGACUGACCAGGACCCCCGAAUCUUACGACUCUACACGUGACAUGAACGUUCCAUUCAGCCAGUGGACCAAAGAGCAGGUGUGUGGCUGGCUGGAGGACUAUGGACUGGCCCAGUACGUCAAUCUCACGAGGCAGUGGGUUGAGAAUGGACAGACGCUGCUGUCGGCCACACCUCAGGACUUUGAGAAGGAAAUGGGUAUGAAGCAUCCACUGCACAGGAAGAAGCUGCAGCUCGCUCUGAAGGCAUUCACCACGAAAGUUAGAGAGAAAUCGUCAGACCUGGACUACAUCUGGGUCACACGCUGGUUGGAUGAUAUCGGCUUGCCUCAGUAUAAAGACCACUUCCACGAGGCCCGAGUGGAUGGUCGAAUGAUACAAUACAUCACAGUGAAUGACCUCUUGACUCUGAAAGUCACCAGUCAGCUGCAUCAUCUCAGUAUUAAAUGUGCCAUCCACGUCCUCCAUGCCAACAAGUUCAACCCCAACUGUUUCCGCCGGAGGCCAGGCGAAGAGAAACAGCCCUCUCCCUCAGAGGUGGUGCAGUGGUCGAAUCACCGGGUGAUGGAGUGGCUGAGGGCGGUGGAUCUAGCCGAGUACGCUCCCAAUCUACGGGGCAGUGGCGUUCACGGUGGGCUGAUUAUCCUAGAGCCUCGCUUCAGCGCAGAGACUCUGGCGCUGCUGUUAAAUAUUCCUCCACAAAAGACGUUGCUCCGCCGUCACCUCGCCACGGCCUUUUCUACCCUGGUGGGCCAUCAGGCCGCGCAGGAGAAGCGCGAGUACGGCAACGCCACGGGCCACAUGCCGCUGACUACCACCGCUAAAGUAAAGCCAAAGAAGCUGGGCUUCACUCAAUUCAGUCAUCUGAGGAAGAGGAAACCUGAUGAAUCUGCAGACUAUAUCUGUCCAAUAGACAGUGGAGCGCUGACAGUGAACGGGGUUUCCCGCCCGCCCUCUGCAGCCCUCAGGGGCCUUAGCCCCGCCUUGGACAGACAGGCGGCGAAGUGGGAGCAGGUGGGGAUAAAAGCUCCAGCUAAUGGCCCAAAACAAUGAUUUUAAAUACAGGACACUCCCCCCUCAAACUCACUCAGUAACAUUGUGAAUCAGUGGAAGUUUGGAUGAAGAAAUGUUCCCAGGAUUUAUUCAUCUGGUGAAUUGCUGGGUGGGCUGUAUAUAAGUGUUUAGCAGGUUGUUAUUGUUUUAAUACAUUUUUAACCGGGUCUUGUUAAAGAAAUAUUCAUCAAAGAUGGUGAUCAAUGAUGACAUUGUAAGAAAGCUGCUCGCUGCAUUCCUUAUACAGUUGGAUUCCAAAGCUUAUACUUUUGCUUUAAAAAAACAAAAAAAACAUUUUACUAAAUAGUUUGAAUAUUGGUGACCUAUUAUUGUUAUAUAUCUGGAUUGACCGCAAAAUAUAAUAAUUGGCACCAGUUACUUUAGGAAUGUCAUUCAUUCAUCUUCCUUCCAAAAAAAGUAUUAAAACAAUUAAAUAAUUAUAUUUAUUGAUGGUUCACGUGUGUUUGCAUAGGAGUCUCCUAUCCAAAUGGUGCUUUGUUUAUGAAGAUAUUUGUGGAUAUGCAGGAAUAUGAUCAAAACAAGGUCACUAGUCUUUAAUUUUGGAGACCAAAUGCUUUUGCUGCCAUCUAGUGGUACAAUGGGCUACUACUGUCAAUUAUCAGCUUGAUCAUAUCCAAAACAUUUAUGGUCAAUUAUAGCUCAUGGCAGUUAUGUGAGUAACAGAUGCAGUUUUCAAUUUGAUGUUUUACAAUUUUUAUAUUUCAGAAAAAUAUGAACUUUUUUUCUGUUUAUUUCACCAAAGUCGGAGAGACGCAUCACUUCCUGUUGAUGGAUCUCAGGACCUUCACUGGGCAGUCUGUUGUUUGUUCUGUUUAAUGAAGCUCACAUGACUGACAUUAAUCUGCUUUGAUUUUGUUGACGAGUUAAUGAAAAUAAAUAAGGAAAACAAUGAA